GAUUGUGCGGCUUUUUUUACCCCUCGGGGGGGAAAAAAGAACAGGGAGUGGAAAGGAAGAGAAGGCAAAACGAACAACUCCUCCUCGGGCGCACUCUGCACUCCGAGUCACGGCCGGGCGCGGGGACGCUGCCGCCACCGCCGCCGCCGCCUCGCCCUCUCCCCGGCCCUGCGGCGUGUGCCAGCGGGAGCGCCAGACCCCGGGGACGCCGAGAGACUUUUGGCCGCCGCCGCCGCGCCAGGCAGAGGAGACAGCGGCAAGGAGGGCCCUGACACCGCCUCUCCCUCCUCCGUCGCCCCGGCCGGCCCGCGCAGGCAGCCGGGCGCGGGGAAGCGGGGAGGCGCGCAGGCCCGGGAGAGACGCCCGGCGGCCCGCCCGCCCGCGGAUGCGGAGCCCGGGGGAGCCCGGACACAACUUUGCCGGCUGACGCGCCGGGAGGACCGCAGGGCCCGCGGCGCCGCCCGGAGAGGGGCCCGCGGCGCGGCGCUCCCCCGCAGCGCCCGGCGCCAGCAGGGGGGACGACCUGCCCGUCCCUGCCGCCGCCUCGGGCGGCCGCUCCCCCGCUCCGCGCGGCGCCAGGGCGAGGCGCUCAGGUGCGGGCGCGGGGCCCCAGCCGCAGCGCCCUCCGCAGCGCCGCGCCCGGGGGGCUCGGACGCCCUCGCCUCGCUCUCCAGGGCGAGUCGCGUCCGCCGGCUCUCCCCGCUCCGCCCCGCCGGCCCCGGCGAGCCCGGCCGCCGUCGCCGCCGCCGCCGCCGCUCGUCGCUUUCGCUUGGCCCGGCCGGGGGGCUGCGGCGGCCCUCGACGCGGAGAGGAUGGGCGGGCUGCGGCUGCCCCGGCGCCCCGAGACGCCCGCGCGCCGCUGAGCCGGCGGGCCCACCCCCGCGCCAGCCCACGCGCCCCCUCGGGCCCCGCGGCGCCCCUUCUCGGCCGCGCGGGAACCCCCGCGGCCCGGCCGGCCCCCUCCCCCUGCGAGCCGGCGGCGGCGCUCCCGGCAGGCGGGCGGGCGGAGGCCCGGCGGGGGCGGGGCGGGGCGGCGCGCCCGGAGCCCGGAGCCCGGCCCUGAGCUCGCUGCGCCUCGCCUCGCGGCGGGCGCCCUCGUCGCCAGCGGCGCACCAUGGACGGGCUGCCCGGUCGGGCGUUGGGGGCCGCCUGCCUCCUGCUCCUGGCGGCCGGCUGGCUGGGGCCCGAGGCCUGGGGCUCCCCCACGCCCCCGCCGUCGCCCGCCGCGCCGCCCCCGCCCCCGCCGCCCGGAGCUCCCGGCGGCUCGCCGGACACCUGUACGUCGUGCGGCGGCGGCGGCGGCGGCGGCGGCUUCCGGCGGCCAGAGGAGCUGGGCCGGGUGGACGGCGACUUCCUGGAGGCGGUGAAGAGGCACAUCCUGAGCCGCCUGCAGUUGCGGGGCCGGCCCAACAUCACGCACGCCGUGCCCAAGGCCGCCAUGGUCACGGCCCUGCGCAAGCUGCACGCCGGCAAGGUGCGCGAGGACGGCCGCGUGGAGAUCCCGCACCUCGACGGCCACGCCAGCCCCGGCGCCGACGGCCAGGAACGCGUCUCCGAGAUCAUCAGCUUCGCCGAGACAGAUGGCCUCGCCUCCUCCCGGGUCCGCCUGUAUUUCUUCGUCUCUAACGAAGGCAACCAGAACCUAUUCGUGGUGCAGGCCAGCCUGUGGCUGUACCUGAAACUGCUCCCGUACGUCCUGGAGAAGGGCAGCCGGAGGAAGGUCCGGGUCAAGGUGUACUUCCAGGAGCAGGGUCACGGUGACAGGUGGAACGCGGUGGAGAAGAAGGUGGACCUGAAGCGGAGCGGCUGGCACACCUUCCCGAUCACAGAGGCCAUCCAGGCCUUGUUUGAGCGCGGCGAGAGACGCCUCAACCUGGACGUGCAGUGCGACAGCUGCCAGGAGCUAGCCGUGGUGCCUGUGUUCGUGGACCCCGGGGAGGAGUCGCACAGGCCCUUUGUGGUGGUGCAGGCCCGCCUGGGUGAUAGCAGACAUCGCAUCCGCAAACGGGGUCUAGAGUGUGAUGGGAGGACCAGCCUGUGUUGCAGGCAACAGUUCUUCAUCGACUUUCGGCUCAUCGGCUGGAACGACUGGAUCAUUGCGCCCACUGGCUACUACGGGAACUACUGUGAGGGCAGCUGCCCGGCCUACCUGGCUGGGGUCCCCGGCUCGGCCUCCUCCUUCCACACCGCUGUGGUGAACCAGUACCGCAUGCGCGGCCUGAACCCUGGGCCCGUGAACUCUUGCUGCAUCCCCACCAAGCUGAGCUCUAUGUCCAUGCUCUACUUUGAUGACGAAUACAACAUCGUCAAGCGGGACGUGCCCAACAUGAUCGUGGAGGAGUGUGGCUGCGCCUGACAGUGGUGAUGGGUGCAGAGCACGGGCCCAUGGGUCUUUGAGGGAGCAGGAGAGGCAGGUGGGCUGAGUGUGGUUGCUCCAUUGGGCCAUGAAGAGUGCUAGGGUGAGGCCUGAAAUAAUGUUCUCCCGCUUCGUAGAAAACCAGUCAGAACCAGAGGGAGACCCUCGUGUGACACGAGAGACUCCUAACUGCACACAUAGCCAGACUCAUGCAGCCUGCCACCCACACAGCAGCCUCCAGGAUACCAGCGAACGGAUGCGGUGACAAAUGGCAGCUUAGCUACCAAUGCCUGUCAGUCGGAGAGAAUGGGGUGCGCAGCCACCAUUCCCACCAGCUGGCUGGGGACUCUGAAUUGCGCCUUCUGAGCACACAUAAAAGCACAAAGACAGAGGACACAGAGAGAGUGAGCCAGAGAGCCACCAAGAGGAAACGCAGGGUGGGAGCACGGGCGGGCGGAGGGCCAUGUGCCCCUGGCUGGUCCCAGCCUCUUCACCACAGCGCCUGGUGCAGUCUGCCUGCUCACUCCCCGCCCGGCAUCCUCCAUGCUUUGAGGCCAGCAGAGCUGUGCCACCCUGCUCUUGGAGAAGGCAAAUAGCCCAGGAGGGACUCGCCCGUCAUAAAGACCAUGGAGCAGGGACAGUGACCCUUCGACUGUCUGUCAUCUGGGUCCCUGGUGUGACUUGUGUGUAUGUGUGUUUGUUUUCAGGGGUGGGGCGGGGGGAGAAGAAGGGUCUUAAUUUUAUGCUUUAAACUUGUCUCCCAACAACUGACAGGUCAUUUGUGCCAGUUGCAGAGUUGAAAAGAGCCUAUCGGCUAUGACCUUUGAAGCGGAAAGGCCAAGUGAUUUCUAAGUGAGAAGGAAAAAAUGUUGCAAUCAGUGCCCUUUGCUGGGGACAUCCUAGCACCAUGGUGAGAGGAGCAGGGGGUGACCACUAGGCAAAGGGAAGAGCCCAGAGGAGGCAGGGUAGAGUGGAGGAGUUCCGGGGAGCUGCUUAGCUGGUCUUGGAGAGACAGAGCUUUCGGCUGCUUUGCAGAAGUUGUCCCUGUGGGUGGGCCCUGGCCCCAGGGGUUGUCCGUGCACAUGGCUCCUGCCCACUUCACUUGCCUGCCUGCCUGUCCGCCCCACAAAGCACUUGCGGUCCUGCGUGAACGCACAUGACAGUAGCACUUGCAGGUCUACGUGUGUCCAGAAGUGGCCCUGGGGCAAGAGCUGACGUGGCUGUCCUUGUGGAUGUCCGAGCGCCACGCGAACUAUGCAAUUUAAAGGGUUGACCCACACUGGGCGAGACUGGACUCGUACGACUCUUUUAUAUUUUUAUACUUGAAGUGAAAUCCUUUGCUUCUUUUCUAAGCGAAUGAUUGCUUUCAAUGUUUGCACUGAUUUAGCUGCAUGGUUAGUCAGAAACUGCCAUUUGAAAAAAAGUUAUUUUUAUAGCAGCAGAAAAAUGAAUACAGUUAAAUGUAUUAUACAUAAUUUUGGAACCAAAGAGGCCAGCGGAUCAGUUUUAAUUUUUAUUAGAUGGUGAGGCCAUCUCCUAUGCGUUGGAUGUUCUAAGCAAUCCCUUGAGUGGCCUGCCAGCGUUUCAGGGUAUAAAUGAAUUUUUUUUUUAUUAUUCAGUUGGUGUGUCAUUUUUGUCCGUACACACCCAGAAAGUAGAGUAAAAUAAAUGACUGGUAGAAUGCAGGUGUGUAUCUGUAAGUCUCAUCUUUAGUUUAUUUAAUAAAGCCCUCCUUAGGUUCUGUUUCAUAAUAACUUAAAGCCAAACAGUUUCCCCCACAGACUGGCUGUCUUAAGUAUUUUACGUUCGUGUACAGUUUAAGACAAUAAAAGAUGGAGUGCCACAGGC